CUCUCUCGCCAUGGCCAGCGGAAUCUUCAACUCUACAUACUACGGCAAGGAUUACCGCGCCGGCGCCGCCCUCCUGCGUGCUCGCCGGCCGUUCCUGGUCAAGAACGCUCUCACCGGCUUCGGUCUAUUUGCCUUCUCGAUCGGUGUCUAUGUCUACACCAUCCGCGCCGUCGGUCAAGAAGAAUUCUCCGACGUGAAAGUGCCCGACGCCCCCGCGCAGAAGAAUUAGAGCCAACGGGCCCGAAACCAACACCCAGUCCCAGUCCGGAAUGGCUUUGACUGGCUCUGCGUGUACCAUAUAAGUCGCAUCAUUUUCAAGAGGGACACAGCCGACAUGGCCUCCCCUCGGCUGGAAACCAGCAACGGAGCAAAUUGGGGUUAUGGAGUCUUCUGGGCAGAGCGCAACUUGUGAUCUGCGGCAGCGAUUUUAUCUUGUUUGGCAUCUACGUCUACCUUGUACUGUACAGAGUGGAUUGGCGGGGAUUUUUCUUGUGCAUAGGCCCCGAUUGCGAAUGCCAAUCUCUUCUCCUUUCUUACCGUGCUACGUAGUGCAUACUAGGGACUUGUUUAAGACGGAUAUCUUUUCAAAGGCGUUCAUUGUAUACUGUUCUAAGCG